AAUUCCUGUUUGAGUGUCUCUCGUGCAACAGUGAAAUUCUCAUCUGGUCAGUGUAUUGCUGCCUGCUCCUCCUAACUGAAGAGCGCCUUUUCUUCUCAAAGUGUCACACAGUCUAUGGUAUUGAAUCUCUGGUGAGGAGUCUCCAAGAUGUCCUGCAGCUGAACAAUGUGGAGUUGCACAAACAAGGGCUCCUGCUCUUCACUGAAAUACUGAAAAGGCAACCAGUGGAAAUCAAAUUAUUCACAAACCGAGGUGUAUGUAUAAAAGCCAUUGAUGUUUUGAUGGAGACAGUGAACUGCCCAGUGCUGGAGGUAGUAGUGGAGGCUGUGAGAGCUGUGGCAGCUUUCCUGAGGAAGGACCAUCUGAACUCCCCUCCAGUCCCAUAUGAAGAGCUGAAGAAGCUGCUGGAGGCAGUGCUGAAGCGAUGUGCUGACCUUUCCCCACCACAGAGUAGCAAGAGGCAUGCAGGUGAUCUCCUAUUCUCAGUGUCUCAGAGUCACCCAGCAAACAGAAAUCUCAGCAGAGUUCCUCAGAGACAGGGCCAGUUCUUGCUCAACACCCUGGAAAGUUUCAGAAAUGCUUGCAGGUUAGCAGUGGAGUUCCAGAGUGACCCCGUGGCCCAGGAAAAUGCUUUCACUGCCCCCAACUCCAAGAGCAAGGACACACUGAGCAACUUCUCUGAGUUCCUGUUGAGGAUUUGUGACAGUCUCUGUAUCCCCAUGGUCAUGAACUACCUGGAAAGGGCUGUCAGCCCGUCAGUGAUGGAGGUUUUCAUCUCAACACUUAAUACCCUCUUUACAGUGAUGCCAAACAUGCGGAAUAAGUUCUCCAAAAAGCUGGAGCAAGAGAUGUCUGAGCUCCUGCAGAAGGGUCUGCCUCAGUUAAACUACACCAUUGCUGAAAGCCUUCUCCUCCUGGCUGAAACGGCUGCACCUUUCUCUUUGGAUCAGUCUCUUUGCAGCCACCAACACUGCUUCAUACUGCUGUUAUACUUUGCCUACACCCUUGGGGACAGGUUUGUCCCAGAAGCAGAGUUAUUUUUAGCCAUAAGAAAUUUCCUCCUAUCAGCACAGGACCAUGGAGACUGUCCCCCUCCAUACAUACUCAGAGCUGCACUUUACCUCCUUGCUGUUUGUCAGGACAAAGGCAAAGCCCUGGACUUGAGGUCGUUGUGUACCAUAAGGAGGAUCCUGGAUAAUCUUCCAGAUCUGAGCUUGGUCUACGUCCAUUGUCCUCUCCUGCUGAAAUUCUUCCUGCGCUACCCUGAACUUAUGGGGAGAUUUGGACACCAAGUCCUCCAACUCUGGUUUUCCUGGGGAGACUGCAAGCAAACCGAGACUGAAGAAGCUGCUUUUGGCGUGUCUGAUCAGCUGAACAGCGCUAACCCAUUACUUCCCAUUCUGAAAAGCAAUUCCAGCAUUUUACUUAUUUUACUGGACCUGGUCUGCUCAAGCUCUGUGGAGGUGGCUUGGAAGGUGUUGAUGACUCUAAGGACCUUCCUGGAAAGAAACGAGGAUGUCCUUGUUUGUGACCUCCUCCGGAGUCAGUUCCUACAGAUUCUGCAGCAGCUGCUGGUAGAGAGCAGCUCAGCCUCCUUACAAGCUAGCAGGAACCUGCCUGUUUUGCUGAGCCUCCUUUUCCUGGUGCAGCUGCGGAGCGAGGGUGUGAGGGAGCUGGACAGCAUAGACUUCAAGCUGCUUCACCAGGUCAGUAAUCUCUGUGGGAAAUGCAGGCCGAGGGACACUGACCUCCUGCAGCCAUCCUUGAAUUUUCUGUACUGGAGCCUUCAUCAGACAACACCUUGUAGCCAACAGAGAGCAGUGGCUGUGCUGCUCUCCAACGUGUCCUUGCUAGAGCUCCUGCAGAAGGUUUUGGAGCGCACCUGGUUGCGGUCCCCUCCCUCUGAACCUGCUUACCUAUCAUCUGAGGAUGCCUUGCUGUGCUCUGGAUGGCUGUUGGUUGCAUCCCUCUUACUUUAUCAGCAUCGCUACAAUACUGAGGUUCACCAGAGACUCUCUCUAGACCUGACAGAAGUCCUGAAUGCAGUCAUCUCCAGGAAGAAGAAGCCAAUCCUGCUGUUAGUGAGCAUCAUGCAGUUCCUGAGAGCUGUCCUGCGACAGAACUUCUCCUCCUCUCUGCUGGUGAGCGUUGGCCAAAACACAGCCCAAGGUGCUACGCAACCACAGCCGUCGUCACUGCAGGAUGCUGCCUUGCACCCCCUUACCAUGCAGCAGGUCUUCUUGCUUGUUGUCAGUCUGCAGAACCUUUUGGUGCACGUCCAGUUGCAGAAAGACUUGCUGCUCUCUCAAGCUGUGGUUGCCUGCCUGGAAACCUUAGUGGAAUACCUGUAUGUGAAGGACCAGGAUGUUGCUCUACAUGUUGCUUCACAGCCCUGGCACCGAUUCCUGCUCUUCACACUACUCAGUGGGGGCCAGAAGUCCUUUCUACAGCCAGAAGUUCUCAGGCUGAUGACUUUGUUUCUGAGGUAUCAGAGCAGCAAUAUUAUUUCUCAAAAAGAAAUUAGCCAGAUUCUCCAGGAGGCAGCAGAAGCCAACUUAGCAGAGCUGCCUGAGGUCACAUCUCGUGCCCUUCACCUCUUCCUUUGCCAGAUUCAGAGCAGUCAUUGCCAGGUGGAGCCAGCGCAGUCAGGGACUGUUCAGACCUUGCUGGAGCGCCUCCUGGGACAGAGGAGCACUUGUGUGAAACAUCAGGACAUUGUGUAUCUUGCUGGGCAGGUGCCUUUGAUAGGUGAUGUGAGGGUGGUAGGUGUAACAGAGGUAGAGGGAUGCUUAAUCCUUCCCUCGUUCCAGCUGAAGGCAAACAGAAGUGGAAAAACGAGUGGUUGCUACACUUGGCUAACUUUGGGAUGA